AUGGACCCCAUCACCACCACCAAACCCAUCACGAAACCUCUCAACGCAGAGUAUUCCAAACCGGACCACCCCUUCCCUCGUGCUUCUACCCAGCCAAUGGAAACUACUUCCACUUCCGCUCCCGCUCCCGCUCCCGCUGCUGCUGCUUCAGAGACAAAAACGGACAUGAACAAACCUCAGUCCAAAAGACUUCUUCCACUCGGCAAGACGACAUCCGACAACGAAAAAAGCAAGGAGAAUAAUAAUAACAAUAACAAUACAGAAGCGUAUAAUGCCUUUUGGGGGAAGUUGAUUGGGAUCGCACCCGACGACGACAAAAGGAAGGAGAAUGAUAAGAAUGAUAAUAAUAAUGAUAAAAAUAAUGAAAAUGAUGAUGAGAAUAAUACAGAGGCGUAUAAUGCCUUUUGGGGCAAGUUGAUUGGGGUUGUGCCGCCGAAGGAUGGUGGUGAUUAG